AUGUCGCUGACCUGUGAGCAUUGCUCACGGAUAGCCAUCUACAGGAUAUCGUACAAGUUGUGGGUGCCAGAUGUGAAGAGCCUGAUGCCACGUGCCGCACAAAAGGCCAACGAGUUGAAUGUUAGCGGCUACAUGUCAAUUAUGCAAUGUGGCAACGCGGUCAGUGGAGAGUUUGAGGGCACCCUGGAGAAGCUCAACCUGAUGAUGGCCUGGCUGGAGCAGGAAAUACCCGAGGAUUGCGAUGUGCCACAGUUUGGAGCGGAGCAGCUGCAACUGAAGCCGGGCUACGAUGAAUUCUUCUGCUGUUGA